UGCGUUUGGACUCCAGAAAGCAGCAAGAUGAGGGCUAGUGUGCAACUAGGGCUGUUGUGUCUCAGCCUGUUCAUUUCCAGUCUGGAUGGUGAAGAAAUUGAUUCAGAAAACAGCAUGGCAAUGCCAGUAAAUAUGGAUGAGGAUAUGGAGGAUUUCCCUCAAUUUCAGGUUGCUGAGAAUGAACAGGAACGAAAUCUUCUGUCUCAUGAUUCUGACAUCAUCCCAGUGACAACCCGUGUUAAGAGGCAGACAGAUAAUACUGGUGAGAGACAACGCAAAAAACCCAAGCCAGGGAUGUUUUCUGUGUUAGCCAAAGUACCUUCCCAGGUUCCGGCAUCUUCAGAAAAAAUCAUAACAGCAUAGAGAAAUGUCACUAAAAUGUUUGUAAAUGAGUGUUUCAGGCUCAGGUUGUGCUCGAAAAAAUAUACAUGCUUACUACUGCUGUUCCUUCAUAUAGUUUUGAUUAAAAAAAACAUCUGGAAAAAGGUUCAAUAUACUUCAUGCCAAUAUACUCCAUUAUUCAUUAUCAUAAUGAAUACUCCAUUAUCUAAAAUCUCAAGAGGAACCACCAGGAGGCAAUGUUGUUUUUAUCUGCUUGUCUUUAUCUUUGAACUACAAAUAAAGCAUGUGUUUAAA